AUGGAGAGUGACACUAUCACCUCGGGAAGCCCAUGUCCGAAUCACAGCAAUGAGACUAUAAAGUUCCUCUGUCAGGGAUGCAACAACGUCAAGGUAUGUUUUCAAUGUAUUUUAGAUGAGCAUUAUCAAGCUAGUCAACACAGCGUAAGACUGAUCGUUGCAGAUACAGCUGCAAGGAAGGAUGAAAAGCGUCAGCUGGGCCGAAAUAAAUUGUUGGAAGGAGUUUUGAACACCAAACUACGUCUAUGUGAAACAAAUUUAAAGCUAAACAGGGAUGAGAUAGAAAGACGACAGCAAAUAAAAUUGGAUUUGCAAUCUGCGAUUGAGGCUCGCGAGGAAUCAUUGAAACAGGAAGUGAGGAAAGCGAAAGAAAAGAUUCUGCUACGUGUAGAUAAACUUUUUUCAGAUAGUAAGAGUCACCUGGAACAUAACGCUGAAUGUUGUGAAAACCUUCGCCGUGAGUUGGAUGAGGUGAAAACACACCUUCAAAUAAAACUGGAAUCACGCAAUCAAACUGAUCUUCAUAUUUUCAUAGAGGAAAACAUAGCCAAGUAUAAAAAGCAAAUGCUUCCUGAUAAACCCGAUAACAGUUUUUACUUUACAUUAUCUCCAAACGGAACUGUUGAGGACAUUUUUGGAAACCUUUCCAACGAACCCUUCAAACCUGAAACAUCAAAAUCGGUGAAGGAAAUCAUAAGCGGUGCUGUCAUUGUAAAAACUUUACAUACUCGGUGUUCAAAAGGGAUUGGAAAAAUAUGUCCUGUAUCCAACCAAAUGGCGUGGAUUGCAUAUUCUAACAGAACAAGCAUAGAAAAAAUAGACACAGCCGGAACAAUUGUUAAGGUGAUAGAAACUCCAUGUCCAGUUCAAGAUAUCGCUGUAGAUGGUGACAAGGAUAUAGUUUUGACAGGAAUGUCAACAGUUUGGAAAAAGAAUCUCUCCGAUGAAAAGUCAAUAUUCUCAGAUAUUAAGAAUUUCAAGCCUUUCAUAGUGAAGGGCGUCACCCUGGCUACAGGACAGGAUAUUUUAGUUUGUGCUCAAAUGGAAGGUAAUCCAGGAAAAGUAGUACGGCUAUCAAAAGAAGGAGAGAUACUAUUGGAAAUUUGCGACGUCAUAGGGAAUCCCUACAGGGUAGCUUACAACAUUUUUAAUGACGAUAUUGCCCUGGCCUGCAGUGAAAAUGUACUUGUGUAUACAAAAUCAGGGCAAUUAAGAACGAAAUGGACAGGACUUCGCUCUCAAUUUAACCCCCAUGGAAUCGCGUAUGACAACUACGGAAAUAUUUUGGUGACUUGCUAUAAGAACAACCUCGUCUACAUGUUGAAGGAAGACCAACAAGAGGACGGACUUAUUCUGCUUGAUGGAAAAACACAAAAAAUGGUAACGAACCCGUGGUCUGUGGCUGUUGACGUGUCGGGGAAACUGUGGUUGGCUGGCAACCAAGGUGUUAUACACAUUAUCAAGUAUUCCCCCAGAUACGAAUAA